AUGUUCCGCACCGCUGCGUGUUAUCUCCGCACGUCGCUGCGCUUCGCCUAUAACUACGGUCUAGUCACCACUCAUCUCUCCAUUCCGACCAUGGCAUCACCGACAGUUGCCGAGUACGGACGCGCGAUUGCCAUUGCCUCGAUGGCAGCACAACAGGCCUCGCCCGAAGCCCGCGCGCUCGCCAACUCCAACCAAGCCGUCCACCACCACAUCAUGGAAAUGUCCUUCCUCCUCGCAGGCGGCCCCUUCGACGUAGACGAAGCCGCCACCUACGUCGCAGAGGAAAUGAACAGAUUCGUAGCCGCCAUCGAUGCACAGCAAAGCAACGACUCCUAG